AUGGAGAAAACGGGUUUGCGUGGCCAGUUGGAUCAGGUUAGAGUAAUGGGUGUUGAAGUAGAGAGGUUGAUGAGGGAGAAGAGUGAUGGGGAGGUCGAGAUUAGGGUUUUGAAAGGUAAAAUAAAUGAGCUUACAGGUAAGGUUGAGAUGGACAAGGAACAGUUGAGGAAGGUCUGUGAUGAGAGGGACUUAAUCAAGAAUGGGUCUGAUCGGUUGAAGGAGAAAGAAUCCAAUUUGGAGAAAGUGAUUGCCAAGUUGAAGUCUGAAAACGAUAAAUUGGUGAAGGAGAGGGAGGUGAGAGAAGAGUUGAUCCAAGUGGUGAACAAGGAGAAGAUUAGUCUGGAGAAGACAGUUGAUGAGGGGAAGAAGGAGGUUGAGGGACUGAAGAGUGAGAUCAAAGCGCUUUUGAGUGAAAAGAAUGACAUGGAGAGUGUAAAGAUCAAACAGAAAGGAGAAAUCGAGGAGUUAAAGAAAAAGGUUUAUGUGCUGCAAAAGGAUUGUGAUGAUCAAACCAAAAUUAACGAUAAGCUUAGCUGCAAAGUUGGUCAGCUAAACAACUCCCUUGCGCAAGUUGAGCUCAAGAGAGAAGAAGCUGAUAAAGCACUUGUUGAGGAGAAGAGGCAUGUAGAGGAUCUUAAGGUAGUGGUUUUAAAAUCAGAGAAGACGACUGAAACAGCAACUACAGAGGAUCUUGAGAUUGAGGGCCAGAGUUUGCUCACAGCAAUGAAUGAUUUGGAGAGUCAGUGUGAAUCAUUGAAAAGUGAAAAGGCUAUACUCCAAGAGAAGCGUGUACAGCUCAAAGAAGCUAUGGGUGCUCUGAAAACAAAAGUAGAAGCCGCUGGAAUGGAUGCAGAGCGCAACUUAGCAAUGCUAAAGAGAACUGCAUCUGUGUUGUGUGAAUUAGAGAGCCGAGAAGAUAGAUUGACUGGCGAGCAACAGAAGCGAGAAAAUGGAAAAGAAUCCUAUGCGGUGGAGCUAGAGUCGAUGGAGAAAGCGUUCAGAAACAAAGUUUACAUAAUUGAGGAAAUGAAGAAAGAAGCUGUGGUAAUGAAGCAAGCAACGGAAGCGGCACGCAAUAUGCGGAACUUCUGGAUUCAACUCUCAGCUAUACUUGCGAUUUUCGGUGCUGCCUCUUUUUUCCAUGCCACACGCUGCACACUAGAACAAAAGUAA